GAGAGCAUCGCAACGGCAACAGAAACACAGGCGGUUGACUAUGCUAAGGAAGUAACUAGCCCGGCAAGCUAACAUCUCCAGUGACUCUGCACUAUUUGACAAUAAGUCCUGCUGAGACAGGGAGCUGGAGAGGGAAAGAGGCAGAGAAAAGAGAGCCCGAUUCGUAUACAAACCACCAGCGAGCACACGCUGGAGUGACUUGCACACUGGUUUAGCCCCACAGGAAUCAUCAGCUGCCAUGAACAACCAGGACAAGCACUGGAACGAAACGAUGGGACAGAAACAGGAGGAGCUACCGCAGAUGGAUGGUUCAUGUGAUGCAUGUGAGCCUGAUGAGGCUCAGCCUGCUACACAGGUGUGCCAGACCUGCAGCUUUGCCUUCUGCCCUACCCAUGCAGAGAGACACACCAGCAGCACACAUCACCCGUUGACUCCCUAUUACCAUGAAGCAACACAGGCUCAGAGACUGGAGCUGGAUAACAACUCUAUCGUUGAGACUGGGGUUGGCGCAGGGGGGGAGAGGGAAUUGGAAUUUGUUGAAAGUGAUUCACUUAAAGAAAAUGUUGCUCUGUUAGGGGCAAAGGUUCAGGAGGUUGAGGAAGAUGGAGUGGGAAGGGCAGGUGAGAAUGAGGAGGCUGGGGAAAGGCCAAGAGAGCUGGUGCAGAAUGGUCUGCCCCUGAAAGCUGAAGGGGGUGCAAGGGCUGAGGGUGCAGAGGCAAGGCCGGAGGCCGUGGCUGCUCCGGAGGCUGGGAAGAGGGACACUGUGACAGUGGAGAGACUGCGCUGCAAGAUUCAUGGUCAGGAAGGCUCACUCUACUGCAAACCAGAUGAGAAGAUCAUCUGUGUGGUGUGUGCUGUACAGGGAGACCACCAUGAGCAUGAGAUCAUCACACUGCAAGAAGCCUAUUUUUGGCAGAAGAGCCGGGAGGGCCAUGACCUGCUGGGCUGCACGCAGCAGAUGGCUGAAAAGAUCAAGACUAAGUGGACCAAUCCUGAGAUGUCUGCAGAGCGGUUAGAGGCCUAUGUGAAUAGCCAGUUUGAUGAGCUCCAAAAAUUGGUGCGCCUGGAGGAGAAGAGGACACUUCACCUAGUGGACCUUAAAGAGGCCUUCCUGACUGCCACUGCUGCUGAAAAAAUCGCUGAGAUCACCGUCCACACAGAGCGCCUUCAGGAGGAGAUGGCCAGCAUCACGCACCAACUGGGCCUGCUGGACCAGGCUGAGGCAGAGACACAAACACAGGCUAUGCCAGCAGCUGAGGUCCUCGCAGGGAGGCUGAGCCCAGGUCCACCUAGAGGCCCGAGACUGCAGCACGACAUUAAUGCCAGGCCAAGGCUGCCAGAGCCAAGGCGGGACCCCGUAGACCCACGGGACUAUGACGACAAUGAGCCGGGACCAUCAAUGGACCAUGCUCCCUGAUACUAUCAGACAAAUCAGCACCAGACCACCAGCCCUCCCACAUCUGCUCCGCCCAGUCCAGACUGACCGCAAGGCUAGCAUACUCAUCUCCCUUCACCAUCCAUCCUGAUGUCUGCCAACCAUGAGCUGACCUUGAAAAGGCUGCUAUGUAAAAUAUGGAUGGCCACAUCUUUUCUGCCCUUAAACUUUCAAUUCCUCACUAGCUACUCGAUCUCUUUAAUUGAAGCACACGAUUCCUGUGCAAUCAAUUACAUCAGGGUCAAUUUCCAAAGCCAGUCAGAUGCUUGGCUGUCCAGUGAGUCUGGCUUACUCAGUGAGGAGACUGGAUAAGCAGCCAAGAUGUUUCACUUUUCAUUUACUUGCAGAAUUUUUUUUAUUUUUUUUUUAUUUUUUAACAAACAUUCUUGAUAAUGCAGGAGAGAGAAAACAUUUGUCACAUCAUAUCUGGCACUGCUGAUUUCUAGCCAUGUGCCAUUAAGAUUUAUUUGUAUAGAUAGAUAGAUAGUUGACUUUAUUAAUCCCCGCAGUGGAGGGAAUUUAAAACAUUAUAGCAGCGAGAUACAUUAAAAUACAAAUAACAACAGAUUGGGUCAAUAAACAAUAAUAAUAAUAGUAAUAAUAAUAAUAAUAAUUCACAGCAAGAAGGUCCUGGGUUUGAGCCCCGGGGUAGUCCAACCUUGGGGGUCAUCCCAGAUUGUCCUCUGUGUGGAGUUUGCAUGUUCUCCCCAUGUCUGUGUGGGUUUCCUUCGGGUGCUCCGGUUUCCUCCCACAGUCCAGAGACAUGUAGGUCAGGUGAAUCGGCCAUACUAAAAUUGUCCCAAGGUGUGAAUGUGUCUGCCCUGUGAUGGACUGGCAGCCUGCCCAGGGUGUCUCCCCACCUGCCACCCAAUGACUGCUGGGAUAGGUUCCAGCAUCCCGCAAGCGGUUUGGAUAAUGGAUGGAUUGAUGGAUAAUAAUAAUAAUUUAAAAAAAUAUAAGUUUCAAGUGUCCUCGUAAAGGCAAGUUAGUCCACGAGCAGUUCAAUGUCAGCAGGCCUGACAAAGGCAGAGGAAUUGUAAAAUCUGAUAGCACCUGGCAGGAAUGACCUCCUGUAUCGUUCUUUAAAACAGCAGGGUUGAAUGAGCCUGUUGCUGAAGGUGCUCUUUAGCUUGGCUAACAUGUACAUGUUGUGUAGGGCAUGGGAGGUGUUGCCCAGGAUUGCCAGUAGUUUACCCAGCAUCCUGUCCUCCAUCACCUCCUCCAGUGUGGCCAGCUUGGAUUCAAUGAUAGACCCAGCCUUCUUUUUUAGUUUAUUCAGUCUGUUGGCGUACUUUGUAUUGAUGCCUUCGCAGGUAUGUGGGUAUACAGGUUUUUGCCCAAACCAAUCCACAAAACCUAUUGAUUUCACAAAUUCGUUACUGCUUCUCUGGUUGUUGGUAUGCUAAUUAAUGAAAUCAGCUGGUGCAUUAGUGUUGGUUGGAAACAAAACCUGUGUACCCUCAGCUCUUAAUGGCACAUGGUUGGGAGCCCCUGCCUUAGACCUUUGAGAGAAUAUGCAUUACAAAGUGUGGUUUCAUAUUUUACUGUAGUAUGGUGGUGAGAAAAGGAAAUAUGUACAAGUGAUUACGAUGUGUGUUUGUUGAUUCUGUUGUUGCUUCCUAUUUCCAUUAUUACCCUGCUACCCUCCCGUCUCCCCUCAUUUUCUUCUCUUUCUCUGCCUGAAACAUCUUUAGAUUUUGCCCUUCCUACCCAUUAUUUAUUUGCACGCAUGCUUGUCAGAUCCAUCAUCAGAGGACGUUGUGACAUCCAUUGAUUGGUGAGUGUUGCUGAGUCCAUGUUAGGUGGAAAUCGAACCAUAAUUUGACUGUGCACAAUAGCACUCCCACAGUGUCAGCAUUCUGCGUAAUGUAAAGGCUCAUUAACCCGUGAGCAAUCUAUGGUGUGUGACAGGGUACAGUCCAGAGACGUAAACGGACCUUCCACAUUGGCCCACUCAAUCAUGUCCCUUAGGCAUAACAUAAUGCUGCAAGUCUGUUCAUAGUCAGGAUUGUCUUUAGUGUGAUUUGUUCUGUUGCCUUAAAAUCAAAGUUUAAAGUGCUGUUAUCUGUAAAAUGUGGGACAUGUUAAGACAGCAAGAAUUCUGUAAUGUAGCACUGCAGUGAGUUGUACAGAGUUGUUUAUCCACCCGAGGGAAAUGUUGCUUUCUCAACAGCCUAUUGAAAUGAUUCCAAUCAACAGCUCUGUCUCUGUACUUGUUUAGUGGAAGACAUCAGUCAGAACUGUCUGAUGUCUAUUUUUGUCAUAAA